UCGCCUCUCCUCUCAGAUCGUAUCGGUAUCGCACCCGCAGGCAGUCAGGCCCCACCCACAGACAGACGGACCUCUCCCCCCUUCUCGUCUCCCAUGGCGGAAGCCGACGCCCAAACCCAGAGCAACGCGCACUCCUCCUCGCCGCCGGCGGAGGCGUCGGGCGAGCCGAUCCGGCCGCCCCAGGUAGGCGCUCCAAGUGCUGCUUCUCCCACGUUUCCACUCAUGUACCCGAUGCUCGUGCCAGGGAUGUUCUCCCAGCAGGGUAUGGAUGAUCAGGCUCAGGGUCCAGGGAUAUAUGCCAUACAGGAGAAUCAGUUCAUGGGGGCGAUGGGAGGUUACGCUCCAAAGACAUUCAUACCGCUCGCUUACAAUAUACCAACUGAAAGCGUCGGGGCAUUGGCUGGUGAAGAGCAAGGACAGGAUGCUAGGCAGCAAAAUGGCCCUCAAAGACAAGUUGUUGUGAGGAGGUUUCACUUUGCUUUUCAGCUUGACCUGGCUCUGAUCAUCAAGUUAGCAGCAGUGGUCUUUUUGUUUAGCCAAGAAGGAUCAAAACAAAGGCUGUUUCUUCUCAUAUUGUUUGCGUCCAUGAUUUACCUAUAUCAAACUGGAGCGAUUACACCUUUCUUAAGAUGGCUCCAGCGGGCAGGAGGUGUGGCCGCUCGUCCGCCACAGGCUCCUGCUAACCGUGCUCCUGUGGCUGCUCAGAAUGAUGGCAACGAUCAACCACCUGGUGGAAACCUCGCAGAUCCUGCAAACCCUGACCAAGCCGCGGAGAACCAGGAACCAGGAGCAGCAGCGGGCAACGAGAACCAGCCAGGUGCAGAGGGAGAAGCAAACCGGCGCAGCUGGCUCGGCGGCAUCUUGAAAGAGGUCCAGCUGGUCGUUGUAGGGUUCGUCGCGUCGCUUCUUCCUGGUUUUCAGCACAAUGACUAGGUGAAAGUCUUCCCGUGGCGGAAUCGAAUAUUGGCACCGUAACUGUUUGUUGUGACAUAGGGAGGAGGAACAAGCAAAGGAUAUAUAUAAAGCGGGUUGAAAUAAGACUUGUGUUGCAUAUGCUUGUUAUAAGAUUGACUGAAUGCAGUGCUGUUGUACAUCU